CGAGGUAUUAUUUAGCCUCGGAGAGAGAUACAUUCAGUCAUUUAAAAAGAUAUUAAAGCAGGCAGCGUUACGGGCUACUACAGUGGACACUGUUUACAUGCAGGCAGGAGUUGUAUCAUGGCUGUUUCUUAUUGGACUUAUUUAACGCUUUAGUGUCUGUCCUCGAGCAUAAAGUCAAAACAGAAUAGCGAGGAGAAUGGCAGCAUUUCCACAGUUAAACCGGAUGGUAUCUUAUAAUGAUUUUACAGGUCGUAGUUUUGUUUAUGGCUGUUCUAGCCAAGCUAACUUAGCCAACUCCCAAGCGGCAGUUUAAUUGGGAGCUCAAUACCAACAAUUGCACUCGUAUCGCCUUGUACAAUGGUGGUGGAGGUAGAAGGCUUCUUCGGUGUCUACAUGCUUUACUGCACGAAUCCUAAAUUCAGAGGUCGCAUCUACAUCGGCUUCACUGUGAACCCCGAGCGGCGGAUCGGACAGCACAACGCCGGGCGGCACAAAGGUGGAGCGAAGAGGACCAGUGGCAGAGGACCAUGGGAGAUGGUCCUCAUCAUACACGGCUUUCCCUCUGACAUCGCUGCCCUGAGGUUUGAGUGGGCGUGGCAACACCCCCACUCCUCCAGGCGACUCUCCCAUGUCUCCCGGAGCUCCAGAAAAGAGUCGAGUCUGCAGUUCCACUGGCGCGUCCUCUCCAACAUGCUGCGGGUGGCGCCGUGGAACAGGCUGCCGCUGACGGCCCGCUGGCUCAAGCAGGAGUACAGGAUGGACUUUGAGCCCAGUCUGCAGCCUCCCCUGCACAUCCCAAUCGCUUUCGGCAGCGUGAGAGCCAAGAAGUCUCAGCAGCAGCAGCAGCCUGUGGCAGAGGAGGAAGACGUGUCCAGGUGUUUUCUCUGUAAAGGCUCAGUCAAGGUAUCAGAAAAGCUAAGCUGUUUCCACCCGUCCUGUGGAAUGAGCGGUCAUGUGAUCUGCCUCGCCAAACAUUUCCUGAAGCGUGAACCGUCGCACCUCCUGCCCGUGGAGGGAGACUGUCCAGCGUGUCGUCGCUCGGUGCUGUGGGGGAGCCUCAUUCGUCAUAAACACGGCUGCUUCAGAGACCUGGAGGAGAUCACAGCAUCUGCAUCCCAAAGCCACUGGGCAGAUGAACUGCAGCUAUGAGGCUGAGCCCUGAAUGAAGUGCGGUGUCAGAUAAUGACGUGGAGUAUGUUUCAUGGAAUACAAUGAAUAAUAAUGAAUACUGACAGGAGGACAGACUGGAUCCUUUUUACGUCAAUCAACCUGAUCAUGAAGUGUUUUAACUAUGUCUGUUUAGCUGUGAGUUUAAUGUAUUAAAUAUGUAUAAAGUAUGAAAAAAAAAACCUUGUGUGACAAAUAAAAUAAAACUGUUUUAUAUACGUA